AUGGGUGGAUAUUACAAUAGAAAAUUCACAUCCGAUGUGUUAGUGAUCGACUGUGGAUCUAACACGGUGCGCCAUUUUUGCGUCAUGCCUAAGGUGGUCAAUGAUUCGGUCGCUAACGUCAUCGAUGCAAAGAUAUACGUAGUUGGAGGUCAUUACCGGGAUACCGAAAACGGUUCGUGGUCAUCAAACAGGAUGAUGGUGUUAGAGAGGGAAACACAAACGUGGGAAUGCGGUGAGGAGAACUAUGGUCUUGAGGCGGGUUGUAGGCUGAUUAGCGAGGAAAAGAUAUACAUCAUCAAGGGUGAUGAGAAUAACUUUGUUUUCAACCCAAGGGAAGGUAGAUGGGAAAUUGGUACGGACAAAAGGCUGCAUUCUAGUUGGAAAGGGAAUACUGGUCCAGGUUGUAUCAUAGACGGCAUAUUUUAUAGCUAUGAUACUUGUAACAAUUGUUUAAGUGCGUAUGAUCUAAAGCACCGGUUGCCUUGCGGAGUGGUUAAAGGUGUGGAAGGACUCGUUAAGGGUUGUAAAGAGGCGUGCGUUGCUAGUUGUGGUGAAAAGCUCAUGAUAUUGUUGAUGCAGGAUAGCAAUGAGAUUUGGGGUGCUGAGAUUUCUUUAUCACAAGUCAAUCCAGUGGUGGGAGAGAUUUGGGGAAAGGUUGAGUGGUGUCAACUUUUGCUUCGUGGGCUCGGUUACUUUUCAAAUUGUCUUACUGUUGUUGUUUGA